GCUCUGCUCUAUAAACUCUGCUUCAAGAGUCUGCUGGAAGCUACUGGUUCAGCCUUUAAAUACAGUCAUUUGACACAUCCCAACUGGGGUUCGUAGCAUAGAGCAGCUGCUGACCUAAACUCAGGCUUUAAGACGAGCUGGUGUGUCAGCGUCACACUGCUUGGACAGCAUGAAGGCUCUCUUAUUCACCUGUAUGCUGGUGCCAUGGCUAGUGGCAGCCUCGGCCAGGAGGUUUGACCAGGACUCACAGCUGAUACCAAGAUCUCUACCUGGCAGGGAGCUGAACGGAUACUUCGGUGACCAUUUGAAAUCAAGCAGGGCUAGGAGGGCGCUGCCUCUUGCUGAUGAACCUGAUGACAGCCCAACCAAAGAGGAAGGAGACGCCCCUGACCUGCCCACCUGCCUGCUUUGUGUGUGUCUGACUGGUUCAGUAUAUUGUGAGGAGGUCAGUCCAGACAUGACCACCGUUCCCAGCUUGCCAAAAGAGACGACCUACCUUUAUGCCCGCUUCAACAAGAUCAAAAAGAUCCGCACCAAAGACUUUGCUGACACAGUGAGUCUGAAGAGGAUUGACCUGACGGGAAACCUGAUCUCAGAAAUUGAAGAUGGGGCGUUCUCUAAGUUAAUCGACCUGGAGGAAUUGUCUCUGGCUGAUAACAGAUUGGUCAAACUUCCUAUGCUCCCUGCUGCCAAACUCAAAUCCUUCAAUGCCAACAAUAACCUCCUCAAAACCAAGGGUGUCAAAGCUAACGCUUUCAAGAAAAUGACCAAGCUGGCAAACCUGUUCUUGGCCAACAACCAGCUGGAAGCUAUUCCCCACAUCCCAGACAGUGUUCGGCUCUUACAUCUACAGAACAACAACAUCACUGAGGUCAACGUAGACACCUUCUGCAGGUCCAAUGACACCUACUACUUACGGAUGAGCCUCAAUGAGGUUCGUUUGGACGGCAACCCCGUGCUGCUGUCUAAGUAUCCCGACAGCUUCACCUGUAUGAAGGUACUGCCUAUCGGACGGUACCGCUGAGACAGAAACUUUACUGUAGCCCCUUUGUUGCUGAUGAAGCAGUUUUCCCACAGCAGAGUGCUGUGGGGAUACCGUGACGUUAUGGAUUUUGGGGUGCUGAUCCCAUGGUGGGGAUAAAGGUGUCAAUGUUUUUACUUCAGCAAACCUACAAACAGCUUGUGACAUUGUCAGGUCGAAAUGAAACCAUUCACUGGACUAAAGUUGUAGAAUUGAAGGAGUUUCUAUACUCUGGCCUUUUUCAGUUCCACUGACCGGUGGGGAAUUUAGAUGUCUGCAUGAAGCUGCAUAUGGGAGUUGUUAAGAGCUACAGUCACAUGAACUGGUGCAAAACCACCUGAGAAGGGGUGUAAAGGCUUCAAUAUGCUUCAACAAACUAGUUCAUCUGACCAUGUUUAAAAUCAGCGUUUCUACUAGUUGUGUAUAUCCUCGCUGAAAGGCAGGGGGAAAGGCCUGCUUUGUCCUUUGAAUCAUGUUGUAGUAUUGAUACAUUAAAUCAUACAAAAAGGAAUAAGGGCACACACUUUCAGACAAUCUCUCGUCUAAGGAAUGUAUGUUUACAAGAAAACUGAUGAAAGAGCUUGAGAAAGAAGUUUAAACCAUGUCUACUUCCACACACCUGGCCAAUCCCUGCAUAGUGGACGUGUUCGUCAGAUGGUCAUUCCAGACAACAGAAUUUGUCCAACACAAAGUUCGAUUCUGCCAUCAUAAAAGGGGGCUUUAGAUGAUGUUAAUAAAUUGGACAAACCCUUUGUUUUAAGCAUACUAAAGCUUUGACAGUGGGACUAAACAUGACAAAUAGCCAGAGAGAAUGAUUUAGGCCACCUGUUCGAGGUGAGGUGCGUUCUAUAAGUCUUUUCCACAGGUGAUGCAAUGCCAGUAGAACAGAUGUACUAAAUGAGUGGAGAAGCGUCAACACCUCUACAAAGACAGUCCAAUUUAUGGUUUCAUUUUCACCUGACUCUGUACUACCUACAUGAAUGAAACUACUCAAACUGCUUGUGACUUUGAACCAACACACACAUGCAGUAAACAAGCCAACAGGCUUGCUUAUACUGUCAACUACCUGUAUCAGUUUAAAAAACAGGCCAAUUUUCACACUUUGUGAAAUGAAAUAGAAGCAUUUUGUUACUGUAAGUGUAAGUAGUAAAGGAAAAAAAAAAUCAUUUAAUUCAAGAUAUUAAUACAACCUUCUAGAUAUCUUUGCCGCUUUUGCAGUAUAUCGUACUAGUGUAAAACCUCUCAUUUCAAGGUUUUACAUUAAACUUAACAAAAUGUUUUAGAAUACUACAACAAGUAGAAUGUUCAAAAAGUGCUUUUAAUGGACCCACAUGUAUUUUGAGCCUUGCAAAGCCAGAUCACAGUUUUCACUUUGCUCAUUGUGGGUCAUGAGUAAUAUAAUUUGGACAGACGUCCAUUAAAGAAUGAAGGAAUACAUGACUGGAGUGCAGUUUGAGUGUAUUAAUGUUGCAUGCUUCAUUUUAAAAUUUACAGACUAAAAUUGUAGGCUGGCUUUGAGGCUAACGCAUAAUGUUAAAAAAACUGUCACCACUGAAUGAAAAUCUUAGUUUAAGAAACAAAUAAUUUGAGAUGUUGAAGUAAAUUACAAUUCAAACCAAAUAGGUUUUUCAGUUAACAGCGUCCUGAUGACACUAGGAGAGAAAAUGUUACAGUAUCUUCCGACUAGAUUUAAGUCAUACUAAAGGAAUACUUGAUACCAGUGAAAAAAGAAUUUUAAUUUACAUUUCUCAUUCAUUUUAUGUUGAUUUGAGAUUUUCUUGUCAGACUAUUGAUCCCACCUGACUUAGACAUCUGAUACAAAUUAGAUCAUCUUGGCAUGCCAGCAGGAAUACUCUGUAAAUACUGUUCUCAGCGAGUGAAAAUGACUAAAAAUGAACAACACCCUGGGUUUUGCUGUGCCAUUGUGUGAAUUAAUUUCACUUUGAACUAUUAAAAAUGUCUCUCUAUAAAAAGGGCAAUGGCCUUGUAGACUUGUCCAACUGCAGGCUUUCUUAAGCAUUAGCUUAACUUUGUUUUUUUAAUUUAUAGUCUCCAGUUGAAGUGAACUGGGGAAUGAUGUAUCUAUGAACUAUAGUAAUGUGAAAGUUACUCCUUUUUUAUUUUGUCUGCUUUUAAAAUGUCUUGCUUGUGUCCCUAACUCUUCCCUUGCAGUAAUAAAGAUUACUAGAGAAAUUAUUACUGAUGUGAAUAAGAUAGUGGUGUACUGGAAGAUGUGUAUGUGACAUGGCUAUGUUUUUAAGAUAUUUUAAUAAAGUUAAAUUUUUAAAUUAAAA